AUGGCUCCGAACUCCUGCCAUGCGGGUGCCAGUAUGAAGUAUGUACUCGCCAUGCUGGAGAUGUGGUGCGUGCAGAAGGGACUGUGGGACAGUGCCAACCACCGGGGCCUGGAGUUGCCCAAGACACUCGGCAAAAGCCGAGCAUCGUUGCUGGUGUUUUUCGAAAUUCUCUUCGGAGAAUUUUCCAUUGACAAGAUGUUGAAUGUUGAUAAUGCUCGUGUCGACGGUGCGCGCAAGAGCGGAAAGAAGGAGGCCAAGAGGCCCAAGACCGGCGGGCCCCUUGCCACGGCAAAUAGACACGAUCCUGCUCUGCUCAGACUUGACGACAUUCGAACGGGUACCCAGUCCACGAACAGCGUCAGUAACAGUUCCGUCCUCAACCUCGACUCAGAUCCUUGUGACACCGGAAUCAGCGUCUGGCCGCAUCGAGUAGCGGAGAUCCUGAAUGCAUGGGCGGAUCUUAACCCUCUCCCCUUAGCUAGCUUUGAGCGAGACUCCUCCGCUGGGUUAGGAUUAGCCGACCUAGUCGCUCAAUUCCUGACUCAUGAAGUAGAAGCCUUGAAAGUGACCCUUCAAGGCUGCGGCGGCAAUGCCAAUGAAGCAAUUGCAGAGAUUGAGAGCCUGUGUAUCACCGUCUCCGACGGAUCUAGGACAUUAUGUGAGGAGGAGGACUGGGCCGCGGAGCGACAUACCAGUUGCGAUCACAACGGACUGCCCUCACCAGAUGAGAAAAUAUGGCAUGCCGAUGUUUGA